AUGUACACGAGACGGGUACGCCGACUGAACCACUUCCACCUCAGUUGUCUCCGUCGCAUCCUGAGGCUGAACUGGCAGGAUCGAAUCCCCGACACGGAAGUACUGGAACGAACGGGAAUCCCCAGCAUCUACGCCAUACUGAAACAAAUGCAGCUGCGCUGGAGCGGCCACCUGGUGCGCAUGGACGACGAGCGACUACCCAAACGACUCUUCUACGGAGACGUCGCGACGGGUUCUCGUCGUCAAGGAGGCCAAAUUCGCCGUUACAAGGAUACUCUGAAGUCCUCCCUGAAGCGCCUGCAAAUCAACCCGACCAACUGGGAAGAGCUCGCUCGCGAUCGUCCGACAUGGAGGAGAACAGUGAAGACGGGCGCUGCUAUCUAUGAAGCCAACCGAAUCGCCGCCGCCAAAGCGAAACGCGAAGCCCGCAAAUCACAACUUCGUCCAGUCCGCAACGCCGCCGCACAACCUGACGAGAGGGAGACCUAA